AUGGCGACCGAGAGACGGCGGGCUCUUCACCAGAGGUCGAACUCACAGAUAAAUGCCGGGGUCAAGCAAACGGAGGAUGUUUCAAGUUCGCUAGCGUCAUCCCAGGCCCUGUUCCACAAUUUGCCAGCCAAAGGGUCGCAACACUCUCGCACAGGAUCCCUGGAAACUGGUCUUAAUCUUCUCAGCAGAUACAAUGAUGAAAACGAAGGUGUACCGUCGAGGGGCACAAGUGUCAGAAGUAAACGAACCUCAAAGACGGACCGCAGCUCGUCGCCUGAGAAGCGAGGCAGCAGAUUGACAAUCCAGGUUAUUGGAAGCACCAGCCGAACCGAAAAUGUUAAGAGCUCAGAUAUCAGGGUCCCCUCGGGGCCUCCACCUUACACUGGUCCGCCAAAGGAUACUUCGACAAUCAGAUUCGUUCGCAGGAGCAAUUCGACAGCGAAUGCCGCCAAAGUCUCUGCUAAGCCAUCGGCGUCCACUCUUUCAUCUAACACCAGCGAGUCUGCUGACCACGAUCUUUCUUCGUUUUUUCCUUUGCCAACUUCAGAACACACUCCUUCACCAGAUUAUACUGCCGGCUCCAGCAUAAAACAAAUUAAAGCACAAACAUCUAUAUCGACACUUUCAACAGAACCAAAAUCAUCAUUAGAAAUCCGUAAUUUUAUAGUUGCAAAUUUUCCGCCACCCCCACCAAUCCCAGAGCGCGGCGUAAGAUCAACAAUUCGCUUGGUUCCUCACAGCCCACUUGCAGCAACUCCAGUGUCCGGUCGCUCAAGGUCAAGAUCCAAUCCUAGAUCCGUUAGCACAGGUACCCGCAGCAGAUCUUCUACUACAAAUUCGGCAGGUUCUCGACCGCGAUCCCGUUCCAACGAAUUCCAGCGCCUGCGCCGUGGUUCAUUUACACAGGUAACAAGGGUAUCGAGCAAGCACUCGACAAAUUCGUACAUUUCAAGCAUCAGUGCUAUCGGGCUACCACCUACCCGACCGCUUCCUACUCCGCCAGAACGUUCCGUGGGACCAAUCUUUCAGGAAAUAGCGGAACCACUUCCCUCACCGACUAGUUUACCGAAAUUGCUCAAGCCGAUCCUCAAAAAGGCAAGAACUUUGCAGGAAAUUGAAGCCUCAAGUCCUGAUGUCACCCCACCGAUAGACGCAGAGCAGUUUCCCGAAAUCCAACCCGCACUUUCCUGGAUUCUUGAGACAGAAACAAACGCACCCGCCCCACUGAAAAUUAACAAGCCUAAACGAGCGCGAAUGCAGGCGGUACAAGAUUAUGAAGUCUCACGUGCGAUCCACUCGAGUAAUGGUAGGAAGAUUUCAAACCCAUUAGCCAGACUGGUUUGGGGGUACAAUACGAGUUCUACAUCUAUUUCCGAAGUUGAGCCCAAUUUUGGUGCUUCUGGACCUUCCGUAAAUGUUCAUAACACCAAGGGAUUUAGCCCGCAAAUUUUACAGACGGAAGGACUUCAGAGCCAGAGGGCAACUGUCUUUUCCUCUGGUUCUCCCGUUGACCUAAACAGGCAAUCCAGCAAGGCUUCCUCUUAUAACCCGCAGACUGUUCCCGAAUGGGCAAGAGUAUAUUAUGGCCGUGGAACACCUCUACCUCACCAUCGAGAGGAAUCCAUUGACGAUGACCUCGCCAUAACUCCUGUUCAGCGACCUCGCCCUGCUCGUAUUCAACGUAUUGCUACUCACGCUUCCAACGCUGGAUCUUUAUGGAUGGGUACCUUCAACCCUGAAGGCCGAGAUCUUCAAGAUCAAUUCAACCAACCUCAUCUCGAGACCUAUCCUAUCAACCGAUCAGAGCGUUUCAACAUCCAUCUUGUGUUGGCUUGUGUUGGAUUUGUCUUUCCCAUUGCUUGGUUCAUUGGUGCUUUCCAUCCUCUGCCAGAACAAAAGCGAAGGGAAAGAAGGGAGAGGCAAGAAAUCCGACAGGCAGUCCAAGGCGCCGUGGUCCCACCAAGCCAAUCCAACCACGUUCGCGGCCCAAGCAUCACCCAUUAUGAGGAGAGCGUCGACACCGAAUCUCUACCAAGCUUCACCACCUACGAGGAAGGUCGAAGAUGGGACAACGCGAGAUGGUGGAGAAACGUCAACAGAGUCAUGAGCGUCGUCGGCAUCCUCGUCAUCGGUGCUAUCAUUGCCCUCCUGGUUGUUGGUCUUAAGGGACGCAGAAUAUGA